AUGGGUCAAAAAGUUGUGACCCCCCUGAGUUUAACCCUAGAUCAUUGGAAAGACGUUCGGAAGAUUGCCUCCAACCAGUCAGUAAACGUCAAAAAGGAAAAAUGGCAAACUUUCUGCUCCGCAGAAUGGCCCACUUUCAAUGUGGGCUGGCCAAGGGAUGGAACUUUUAACCUCUCUACUAUUUUACAGGUGAAAGCUAAAGUGUUUGAUCGUGGCCCACACGGACACCCAGAUCAGGUCCCCUAUAUAGUUACCUGGGAGAGUCUGACAGUCGACCCGCCACCCUGGGUUAUUCCUUUCAUUCCUCCUCAACCUACCCCACCGCUGCCUAUCCCUGCCCUUACCUCCUCCUCUUGUUGUCCAGUUGAUACCAAGAAGCCCCUAAAACCAGUACUUCCCCCGGGCCCCAACACCCCCCUUAUAGACCUCCUCUCGGAGAAGCCCCCUCCCUAUAGAUCUCAGACCCAAGAUACCCCUAGUCACCAGCCACUGGCCCCUUCGGUCCCACCCGAGCUCCCUUCCCCAGUGGCUGGACGUCUGAGGAGCCACCGAGAGCAGCCACCUAAGAAGGAGACUUCACAAGCCUUUCCCUUGAGGCAGGGGCCAGGGGAACAGGUUCAAUAUUGGCCCUUCUCUGCCUCAGACUUAUAUAAUUGGCGGACCCACAACCCGCCUUUCUCCAAAGACCCUACUGCCUUGACUAACCUGAUUGGAUCUAUCUUAGUUACCCAUCAACCCACGUGGGAUGAUUGCCAACAACUCUUACAGGCUCUUCUUACAUCAGAAGAAAAGCAGAGAGUCUUUCUGGAAGCCCGAAAAAAUGUUCCAGGCGAUAAUGGGAGACCUACCCAGAUACUAGAUGAGAUUAAUGAUGCUUUUCCUUUGACCCGCCCUGACUGGGAUCACACCUCAGCAGACGGUAGGCACCUACACCUUUAUCACCAGUUGGAAGAUCCAGAUCAGGGGGUAAAUGUAUCCAUGACUUUUAUUUGGCAGUCCACCCCAGAUAUUAGAAAUAAACUCCAGAGAUUAGACAAUUUACAGGGACAGACUCUCCAGGAUUUAUUAAAGGAAGCAGAGAGGAUUUUUAAUAAACGGGAGACAGCAGAAGAGAGAGAGGACCGCCUACGCAGGGAGGCAGAGGAUAGAGAAGACAAGCUUAGAAAAGAAGCAGAAGAAAGGAAAAAUGCUAGGGAACGCAAGAGAAGCAGAGAAUUGAGCCGCCUCUUGGCCACUGUAGAUUUUCAGGAAGCUGCAGCAGUCUCAGCAGCCAAAGUGAAACCUGGAAAACUCUGGACCUUCUGCUGCCUUGAGUGGACUGCCUUCUAG